AAAAAACAGUUGCAAAACUCUGAAGAAGAUUCGGAAGAAUUAGCAAAACGGAGCUCCAUAUUUGAUCGUUACCCUGAGGCCUUUGUAGAAGCGGUUCGAGGAACACCAGUACCAGUUCCAGAUGAAAAGGGGUCAUUUUUAGCAGGUAGAGAAAUGAUGUAAUUUCAUUGUAUUUACCGGAAACACGGGGUCUGAAUGGGAGGUCCUGAUCCCGGAUUCCCUUUUCUUUUUCAUCUUUUUUUCCCCCUAGUUUGUAAAAGCUUGCUACGGGCCUGCUUUAUAAUCUUUCCGUAUUCAAAAAAUGUAAACCCCUAGGCGUAGUGAAAAAAGGAAAAAGAUACGACAACUCAGGCAAAACGAUUAGCACGACGGAGGGAAGAAAGCAAUCGAAAUAUGUUGCUUGAUGGAAGAUUAUAAACAGUGGUAAAAAUUGCUUUACAAGUGCUUUAGAGAUAAUCCGUUUGAACAGCACUUUGUAACAUUUUAAUACUAACAGAAACAUACAGGAUUGUGAUUUAUUUUUGUUUUCUGGGUACUGCAAGUACAUAAGAUGUACUACCCAUGCAAUCCCUCGAAUCACUCUUGAUCAAAGUGCUGGCGCUCAAAGAUCUUUAAAAGACUCCUUACAACCUAUUACAGUGGCAAUUCAGUUUAUUAACCAAGUCGAUAAUACCAAAUUUCCGUGUUUUACCUGCUAAACGGCAUCUUAUCCAUUAUUUAUUUUGUUUGUUUAUUAUUUAUUGUUGUUGUACUCUUUCUCUUUUAAACACGCUUUCCGAAGGGGGGAGGCUCGGUUACAGCUUUGCAUCCGAUAAUUUUUUUUUCACUGCGUGCAACAAGUCUUUAUCCUAUGUCUGUCGUAGAACAUUUUAUGCAGUUUAAUCAGACCACCUUUCAAAUUUAAGAUCACUAUGCCGCCUUCACCGGGAUUGGUUUAUCGGCAAUGCUAGGAUUUGGAACCGACUUCGAAAGUGGCUUUCUCCCAGCCGCAGGACAAAUGAGAUUAACAGCGAUUCAGAAAGCGCAGAUGAAACGCCAACGCGACAGAUUGGUGGAAGAGCUGAAUUCAGUGUUGGAAAGAGUAAGGCUGACCAUGGAUGAGUUCCACACUGCCGAGGCUGAGCUGGAAGUAUCAGAGAGCCCUUGUCCAGAGUACGAAGCGGAAGAAGAGGAAAGAAAAGAACAAGAUCGAAAAAUGGAGAAAAGGAAAAGAAUAGCGCGGAGGAAAAAGAGACACGAGUCACAACAGGUGGAGGAAAUGGAGGAGCAUGAAGAAAAAGAAGGUUUGUAUAUCCUUUUUUCCGUUUUUGAUUCUAAUAAUUUUUAAACGUAAAUAUACAUUUGUUGUUGGAAAGUUACUGAAAGGAUCGUGACGUCUUAUCAAGUCAAAGUGUUGCUUGUGCGUCACGUGACGGGACCGCUCGGACGCAGAGACUUUUGUCCAUACAAAGUCUGAAGACAAUUUUCUUACGGAAUACCUCUAUCUCAACAAUGAUCUAAAAACUAACUGCGCGAUAGCUAUACGCGGGACCUCCCGUAGAUUAUUCAUCUUUGUAAAUACUUGAUCUUGAAAAAUAAACUUAUGAUCAUCACAUAAAAAGACGCGUCUUAAAUAAGACGCGAACUUUCCGUAUAAACGGCACAUUUCGUCUAAAAUAAGACGCGUCUUAUUUUAGAACAGCCCUUAACACCUAUUCUUAGAUAAGACGCGUCUUAGCUAAGACGAGAAAAACUACGUAUAAAUGGCCCUCGCGUCUUACAUAAGACGCGAACGCAUAAUACGCAUGCGUAAAUUUUUGGCGCGCCACGUUAUAUUGCCGUUGCUGCGGGCAAUAUUCACAUGAAAACGAGACAAGAACAGAAAUGAGACGCAAACCAUUUAUACGAGCUGUUCUUGUCUUAGAUAAGACAUGCUCGUAUAAAUGGUACAGUUAGCGUCUUAUUUAAGACGCGUCUUAUUUUUCCUCGUAUAAAUGGCCCUAUUGUAAUUGUGAUAUGAUGAUGAUGAUGAUAUGAUGCUGAAGUAUUAUCAGAUUCAGAGGAAGACUCGGGAGGGUCCAGCGACGAAUAUGAGGACGAGGACGACGAGGACGACGAGGACGAGGACGACGACGACGACGACGAGGACGACGACGACGACGACGAGGACGACGAAGAUGAUGAUGGUAAAAAUGACGAAGACUCAAACGGACAGACGAUGCCUGGACAAGCCAAGCGAAAAGUAUCAAAGAAGAUGUUAGUAAGGGUAAGCAAAGCAAGAGAAAAUGAUGAAUUGGGUUAAGAGAGUGCAGUCGCCGUGUUAGGGAGUUUUUGAGCAAAGCAAGUCAACAGGAAGUGGAAUGUUUGCACUCUUGAGCCCUGAUUUUGAAAAAAUAUUUGAGUCUUUUAAAGAGUAAAAACACUUCGCAAAACAAAUUUGGUAACGUCAAGGCAUAUUAAAGGAGAAAAAGACUCAUUUCCGGUCGACGUGCGGCGCUCAAAAACGUCUCUGGUUUAACUCCCUGUCAACUUAUCGUAAGGGUAGCAGAUCUUGUACCAUAAAUCAUCCUUUAACAAAGGGCCUAGCCCAUGCAAUUUUGCCCUCCUGUUUUGUCUGUGAUUUUUUAGCGGAUCCGGGGGAAGGUAUGGCGGGGAGGAGGUCCCGGAUCGUUGUGAUUCCGUCACGGCUAAAGUCAAAGUAGGAUAUAGCUCACCGAAACUAAAUUAAAUUUUUUUCUUCAAGUUGCUUCUUUUUCACGAACUUAAGCCUUCAUUCUGUUUGGCAUGGAAAUAAUAUACCUAUUUAGCCGGGAGGAGUUAAUCCCUAGGAUGGCCUGUGCGGGGAGGGUACGCCCGAAAGGGGUACCUUUUUAAGGCUUUAAGUAAAUGAAAGAGUAGGGAUUUCACUAGCUGAAGUAUAUAAAAGGAUAGAGAAAUCUGUCAUUUUGCGCUGUAAAAAAGGCCAAAGCGCUGAUAGACGUAUCUCAUGGCUGUGAAUUAGUCGAGAAAACAAAGUUCUAGAGUCGGGGUAUGUGAAAGGGGUACCAUUUGGCAAUAGAUCAGAGGCUAUUUUAAAGGGUACCUUUUCUGUGAAAAAUGAUACAUAAAAAGGGUGACGGGUUGGACCUCGGGGCGGAGCUUCCCCGUAUAAAACGUAUUGAGUCCCCCCUCUAGGACCGGCAAAGGGCCACAUGCUCGUAUAGGCGGAAUGAGGAGGUAUCCCGACAAGGAUACAUUUGUGCGAUUCAAUGUAUCACCAGUCAUGUUAAGCGUAGGCGAUACAAAAAGGCCGGCUUACCAAAUCUACUCAUGCAUGGUUAACCAAAUAUCGUCAAACACAGCUUUGUCCUACUAUAAUUAGGUACUUUUCAAAAAAAAGAAUAAAUAAAGAAGAUUUUGCGUCUUUCUAGUUACAUCUUGAACUUUCUGUAAAGUCACGAAGAGCUGUAAAUAAAUAUUGUAACAGCGAGAAUUCACAAUCAAUUUCAACUGCAGCAUUGUUGUCGAACAACUUACAUGACUGAUUUGCAUUUUCGAUCUUGAUGAGCAGUUUCAAGUAGAGAGUAAAAAUAUUCUUGUUAAAGUACAACUUUUCCAUUCUUUCUCCUUUUUCAAUACACCUUUGGAAGCAGAAAUAUAAAGACGACCUAAGGUUUCCAAAUUUGAAAGUUUUUCAUACUGAAAAAAAGUUAAACAAAUAAACCAUGAUUGUACAUCAUUAUCCAUCGUCAAUAUAACUUAUUAGUUUAGUGAUCUUCAAGCAAACAGAUACAAUGUUAGAAUUGUAUUAUCUCGAUACAGUGAAUGUUAGUGACUCUAAAUAGUAAAACACGAUAAAUCAUACUUUUAUCUCUCUAAUUUUUUCAUUUUAUUCAUCUUCUUUGUCUCCAGUACAAAAGUCGAAAAAUUAUGCAGCAUACAAGCUUAUGAUUUUUCGCGUAUUGCUGGAGUCUUCAAGAGUUAAGCCUGCUGAUCAAACAUUUUCAAUGUAGAGGAGCAGCACUUAAAUUUGCGAUAAAAGGUAAACACGACUCCCGUAACAGCUUCAAAACUUAUGUCCACCUACACAGAAUUAAACAACGACCACUGAUUUUUCAUUAACACUUUUAAGGGCAGCUUACUUAACAUAAAACACUGUCAAUCCCGAAGUAAUCUCCACUUUCUAAGUUGCUAUAUCGACUCUGAAUUAAGCUAUGGGUUCUACGCCUGAAUGACUAUUUAAUGGCUACAGACGCAACUUGUGAGCCCACAAGCUAGAGUAUAAUCGAGAGCUUCAGCGAACCAUUCCUACACAAAAAGAUUGCCAAUAAAACGGAAACUCAGUGUUUGCUGAAGUUGAAGUGGAAUAGACGACGUGGACGGCGAUAGCAAUGAGCGAGAAAGUAAAAACUGAACUGGUAACUUUUUUGUACAUUUCUCUUCUUGCGAUCCUCUACUUAACAAAGACAAGAAAUUCUCUCACGCGGCGUUAGACGCGAAAACUUUACGACAAGCAGGUCUUACGUCUCUGUGCUUGGGCGCGGUCCAGGCUAAGAAUUUAACUGCAUGACAAAUUGUGCGUAGUGAGCUGUAAUCGCGAUAAAGUUGAAAGCAUGCGAAUUGAAUUUUCAGCGUGAGUCAUGUCCAUUGCCGACAUGCAUGGUUUAGUCCACAACUUGAACAAUACUCAAACCUUUACUGUCAUUUCAUGUGUCUCUGUGUAACUAAAUUCGGUCGUUAGAGCACUGAAGGUUACAGGCAUAAUAAUUCCAACUAUAAGAUUCAUGGUAAGGAGGCAGAUAAACUUGGUUAGUCUUGGGUCGGAGAUAAGGUCAGGCCUGACGUAGAAAGCCAACGGCACUCCAAAGCAUAAGAACAUUAUUGCGCAGAAAAUUGCGGUCUUCUUGUUUUCUGCGAAAAACAUUUUCUCUUGAGGUGAUUCCGGAACAAAACUUUUCUGAGAACACCACGGGAAUAUUAGUGUUGUUGCACAAAGUAAAAAAGUUGCUAAAAUGCUCAACAACAGUCCAGCGAUGGAAGCUCGGUAGAGGAAGUCUAAAAAAUUCGAGCAGGUAAACCACACGCAAAGUAUACACGCAAGAAGUCCCAAAGCCGUAGAAGAUGCGGUCACAGCGAAGUGAAAAAACUGUCGGUCGGCAACGGCAUCGGGCGAGCACCAAAUAAAACACACCGCUAUUAUGUUGAAAAGCUGCAAGACAUUCACGGAAAUCAUCAGUGCUUUGAAGACGUUGCAGAAAUUUUCGGGUUUCUCUUCGAAUCCUUGCCACACUUCAACAGUGUUCAUAGUCAGAAUUGCUACAUGAUACACAAACUGCAAAGCGACAACGGCGCUGUAUUUUUGUGGCUGUGGGCUCGUUUUCUUCCUAAAGCAGCUGAGAAUCAUUUUAACGUUAAAGAAAAGCCCGAUUAAAGUGCUGGCUGAGGUGGGCAACAAAAACUUAACGACAUCCAUGGCGAAGCAGUCGAAGCCAGAGGUGCAAGAAUAAUCUCCACGUCUAUUCCUUUUCGCUUUUUUCACCGUGGACCGCCGUAGCUGUGUCAGUCGUUUUUGACAAAAUGAAUUUAAGCCCGCAGUAGCAACAACUUGCCGACUGAACAAAAUAAAAAAAAUAUUUAUUUGGCUCAACACAUGUGUUAAUGAACAAAACAAAAUCACCGGUGCAUACUGAUUUAUGCGCAUAAUAAUUAUAAAAACCUUGGUGCAUAACUUCUUUAAUCUGGUUACCAAAUUAAAGAGCAGUUUCUAUUAUCAAAGAGGUUUCCUUGUUGUAUAAAGUUUACAUCUUUAUAGUGCAAACGUGUUUAAAAAAGAAACAAAAUUCCGCUCAAAAUGUCUGUAACUUUACUGCACAUGUCAUAUAUGGAGCCUGUAUGGAGCUCUUGAAUUAGUUAUAAAAAAGGGGCGUUGACGCAUUUCUUUUGCGGUUAGCUUGCAAAACAACAAAAAUAAUACCCCAUUCACAAUAAUAUAAUAGCAGCUGCUUUACCUGAGGACCAGUAAAAUAGAAGAGCACUUGGGAAAGAUGCUGUUGUUCCGCCUUGAUCGAAGAAAGGAAGUUCAUUAACAUGAAAAGUCCAGUUUUUCUUUCUCUUUCUUUCUCUUCCUUCCUUUUUUAUCACGAUCAAUCCACAAAACUCAAAAUUUCAUUUCAGACAUUUAAAGAAGAAUUUAAGAUAUUUAAGGAUAUACAGCAACAAAGUUGUAAGGCGUUCCCGGCUCGGUCAAGCCUGGAACCUACUGUGAGCUGUGACGUCACCGUUAAAACCUCCCUUGUAAAAUAAACUUUUGCAUGGUCUCAAUGUGUGAGUAAAAUGCAAACGUGUUGAGAAAAUAAUUCUAGAGAGAACAAUGAAAGUGUUUUUCUUUAACGACAUCUAUGCUAAAACAACGUCACAAAUGAGUCUUGCUUUGAUAACGAGUGACGGGAUCUGGGAUCAAUCUAGCCACCAGCAAACUUGAGUUCAUCUUACAUACAAUAGAUAUUGGCCAUUUCGAGAUGGCGCGUGUUGUGUCGAAUUGCACCAUGGGACUGUUUUGGGGCACGAAGUUUGACCCUCGUAAUGUCCAAUAAGAGAAAUCGUAGCGUCCCCAAAGCACUCCCAUGGUGCAAUUCGACACAAAACCGCCCAUUUCAACUCUCAGCCUUAGCCUGUUUCAGGUGUUCACAUAGUGGGGACGGCGCAAAGAGCAGUGAGCAGGAAAAACAGUGGGGGGUGGGGUUGGGGAGGUGAGAGCUAAGGAAUGCAUUCCCUCCGUUCCCCCUCUCCCUUUCUUCCUCCUUAUUUUUUUCCUGCUAUCUCCUACUUCGCGGCACGCUGAAUUAUCUGAAAGCCCAGAUCAGGCUAUCUCAACCUCAAAAUAGCCAAUAAAAAAUAAAUAUCGAUAUGAAUUAUCAAAUUUGCCAAACUAUCAAUAUGCCUCUUUUUUGUCUUCACAGCGCGCCAAACGACGGAGAGUUCUUAAGGGAAUAGUAUCUUACCUUGAGCUUUGUAUUGAAAGAGAAGACAUUAUGAGACAAAUGCAGUCGUGGAUUGAAUCAACGGCUGACGAGGAACUAAGCAACCCUGCGCGCAUAUACCUGUUCAGCCCUGAACUCCUUUUGGAAGAUCUCCCUUCGGGAAUUGCCUCAGAAAUGCAUGGUCUUGGCAAAGCUUUAGUGCGGUUAAAAGUCAUAGCUGACUCUCUGGGGAUUGGCGAGAGUAAAUUAGAAGAGGAUCUUCCAGACGAAGGCACCGAGAGGCAGCAGGCCAAGCCUCGCGGGCCACGCACUAAGAUAAUUUAUAAUGGUAAGCGAAUGAUUUCAUGUGCUACCAUAUCUCUGCUAUACUAAGAUUAUACAGCGUUUUCACCCACUUGGCCAGCAUCUAUGCAAAUUUGUCUGAACAAAAGAAAGCGUUUGCAUAAGAAAAGAGUUCAACUUCUACAGGAAUGGUUUGGGACGCCAAUAUGGCCGCCGUGACGUCAUGUGAAAACACUCUAUUUCAUGUGUGGAUUUUUCUAUUUAUGGACAAUUCAUUCAAUGCCUAGUUUAUGUUCAUGGCUUUCACUAUUCGUUAUAAAUGUUACACUUUCAAAAGACUUUAGCAAAUCACUGAAAUUAAAUCAGUUUUUAUAUACUAAAGUCGAUCAUGCGCGUUUUAGAACUUUUAGGGACGUAAUCUGAUUGUGGUGCGCAAUCUGAAUAUGUCACAUAGCAAUGAAAUUUCUUUAUUUGGUAGUGGAGGAACUAGACAAUGAGGAUAAUUGGAGCCAAGCGGAAGCAGAUGUCGUUAAAACCUUGGAGCAAGCAACUAAAGUUAUUCCAGUUCGCAAGAUUCGCUUAAACGUCGACCACGCCAGAAAGCAGUUUCUACUGAUGGCUCAGUUGACGGCAAAAAGAAAUCAAGUCAUUCAUGAGGUGUGUGUAGAAGUAGUCUCUAAACUUGCCACAACCAUUUUGAUCGUCACGCAAGCUCGAGAGAUUAGGGUUGUCACUCCCUGCGCGUGACGAUCCAUUCAACUCGACAUUGUUUGUCGCCACAAUAAAGAGGGCCAUUAAUUAUUAUUUUACGUUUACUUUCAGCUCGACAGCCAAGCUAUUGAUCUCGAAGGCGAGGUCGUGAAAGCAAGGAGGCAAAAUGAAGAACUGCGAAAAAAUAACAAGAAAACUAAAGUGAAGGCGGAGAAGUUUCAAUACCAGUGUGAGGACUUGCAGACUAAACUGGUCAGCAAAUUUUAGAAAGAUAUUUUAGUUUUUAGCUUAGGCACUUUCCUGUGCCGUAAAAAAAAAAUUUAGAACCAACCAGAAACCCGUACCAUGCAUGGCAGCCGCGUGCUGAGGGCGGGAAAUUGUCGGUACAUGGACGUCAAACACUUCCACUUGAUUGGUUCCAGUUUUUUUUGUCAUUAAUUAAAAGUACACAAGUGAGCUGAUUGGUUAAUUUGCUUAAAUAAAAUAAGAAAUUUACCCACUAAGUUAGCCUUGCAAAACAUCGAGGCAGGUCUAUUGAAAAGUCAACCUAGUGCCAAGACCUUCUCGGCUCUGUCAAGCCUGGACUCAAUCGUGAGGUGUGACGUCACCGAGACAGACUCGUCCACCCUUUCUCAGAUUUCUCGCGGACAACCGGGUAAGAGAGAACCUUUAGGGACUAGGUUUCAAAAGAGUAAGUUUUAAAACUUAAAAGAGUUCGUGCUUGACUGCGGAAAAAUAAAGCUAAAUAAAUAAAUGUCGUUUACCAACUGGCAAACACCAGUACACCCAGCUAGGUGAACAAGAUACCUAAAGAUAUAUUUGCAAUUUAUGACUAAAAUAAAGCCAAACAUCCGGUGGCCGACUACCUCAAAUUGUACAUAGAGCUUCAACUUUAUUGACUUUUUCGUCUUAUGAUGAAAGCCUGUGUUUAUUUUUGCAGAGUGAACAACAAAAAAUCACAAAUGAACUUAACGAAAAGCUAGACGAAUACAAGAAAAAAGAAUCUUACGGUUUAUACAAAAGCAGUAGUGAGUCUAUCGGAAGUUUAAGAGAGAGUGGAGAAAGCGUGUCCGUAAUUAGCCUCGUGGAGAAGCCAUCGCAACAACUUGCUCCGACAGGAGAAAAAUUCAUCAUAAAAACACCAAAAUCGUCCAAAGUUCAAGUUGUCGUCGCCAGCGACGCAUCAAAUGCAACGACACAAGAAGCAAAACAGCCUUCACUUACAACAAAUCUGAAUAGCGAAGAAGCAAACAAGGAAAUAAACAAGCUAAAGGAAAGUUUACAACGAGUAGAGGACGAGCUAAAGAUCGAGAAGGAGAAGUCCGCUGCGUUUGAAGUGGAAUUCACAUCAUUGCAGUCUGACAAAGUGAGGGUUGAACAAGAGAGAAGUGAGUUGGAGAUUCAGUUGGAAGAUGUAAAACGAGAAAAUGAACGAGCGAUGGAGGAGCUGACACAAAAGCUAGAAGACGGUGAGAGGGAAAACAAAAGGUAUUUCAUUUAUAUUACUUUUGCGCGGUUCAUUAUCGGUUGAAAAUCUCACGCCACUUUUCAAUACACUAGGAGUUGAUUCUAUAACGCCAAUUCGUCACUUAUCACACACACUAUACUUUAUUUUCAUACUCAUCAUUUUUCAAAUAGCAAAAGCUGGCAGCCUCGUCCCCAGGGCUUUUCCCUGAGGGAAAAGCCCUGGGGACGAGGCGGGAGGGGAAUUGGAGCCGAAUUGCGUCCCGCAAUUGCCUCUGGGAUCGUUAAUGAGGACGCGCCGGUCAGUUGUUGGCCAAUUUUUCCCACGUCUGUAGUAACAGUCCCAGAAGUCUUUACGAAAGUUUACACGGUCCAGUACUAUUCUCGUUUCUAAAGCAGCGAUAUCCAGCUGUCACAUGAGCCGUCACAUGAUCGAAUUUUCCUCCGGCUAGAUGCUUUAAACAAACUGACAUUACGUUGUUAUCAAUGAAGUCUAAGGCCCAAUUUUUUCCUAGUUGGUCACAGAAGAUCAUUUAUAUUCUCUUUGGAAACAGUUUAUGACGUUAUUUGCUUGCCACCAUUGUGGAAGCGAAUGACGUAAUUAAAAAUUCAAAAUGGCUGCCGAAUUUUGAAAGUGAAGAAAUCGACUGAUUUUAAUGCGAUUUUUUGGACAUUCACUUGACUUCCUUUUAAUAAUUUGAAAAAGAAAAUGAGAACAUAAAAUUGGAAUAAGUUUCGAUCAAUUCAACAUCAAUAAGUUGUAGUAGCAGAUGUACAUUUCAUUUAAGGCGUAAAAAACAAGAGUUUUGAGGGAAGACAACGCUUGUCUUUAUUAUUUUCUUAAACUUAACAGGUUGACAGGUGAGAUCGAAUGCAACGAAGAAAUGAUCAAGUAUCAAGAGGAGAGACUAGGUCAAUUCAUGGAGGAAAUCCAAUGUCUCGAGGAACGAAUGAUGUCCUUUCCCCCCACCCCUGCGACAAUGAGCGUGGCGAGCAUGGCGGGGGCACCGCGGCGCGAACGCAGGAAAACCUCACUUCAAUUGGGCCUCGAGCCGCAAACUGCGAGACAGAUGAUGGCGAAAGUGAAACAGCAAUAUGAAUCUGAACUCCAAAGUCUGAAAGAUCACAUGGCUAAAGAAAACCAAAGACAUCAGGCGGAGAUAAGAAGAUAUGAACAUGAUCACAAGAAAGAUGUCCAAAACAUACACAGAGAAGCGCUGCUCCUUCUUCGUGCCCUGAACAGAUUUAAGGAUUGUGUGGCCACUCUUCUGGAUAGAGAACGUAAGUUUUCGUUAUAAAACUCGUUAACGUGACUUUUAAGUCACAAUAUUGCAACGACACAAGAAGCAAAACAGCCUUCACUUACAACAAAUCUGAAUAGCGAAGAAGCAAACAAGGAAAUAAACAAGCUAAAGGAAAGUUUACAACGAGUAGAGGACGAGCUAAAGAUCGAGAAGGAGAACUCCGCUGCGUUUGAAGUGGAAUUCACAUCAUUGCAGUCUGACAAAGUGAGGGUUGAACAAGAGAGAAGUGAGUUGGAGAUUCAGUUGGAAGAUGUAAAACGCGAAAAUGAACGGGCGAUGGAGGAGCUGACACAAAAGCUAGAAGACGCUGAGAGGGAAAAUAAAAGGUAUUUCAUUUUUAGUACUCUUGUGCGGUUAAUUUUUAUUGGUUGUAAAUCUCGCGCCACUUUUCAAUACUCCAGGAGUUGAUUCCAUAACGCCAAUUCGUCACUUAUCACACACACUAUACUUUAUUUUCAUACUCAUUAUUUUGCCAUCUUCGCCCGCAAAUAGCAAAAGCUGGCAACCUCGUCCCCAGGGCUUUUUCCUGAGGGAAAAGCCCUGGGGACGAGGUUGAAAAGCUGGACGAGGCAGGAGGGGAAUUGGAGCCGAAUUGUGUCCCGCAAUUGCUUCUGGGAUCAUUAAUGAGGACGCGCAGGUCAGUUGUUGGCCAAUUUUUCCCACCUUUGUAGUAACAGUCCCGGAAGUCUUUGCGAAAGUUUACACGGUCCAGUACUAUGCUCGUUUCUAAAAUGGCGAUAUCCGGCCGUCACAUAAUCCGUCACAUGAUCGAAUUUUCCUCCGGCUAGAUGCGUUAAACAAACUGACAUUACGUUGUUAUCAAUGAAGUCCAAGGCCCAAUUUUUUCCCAGUAGGUUACAGAAGAUCAUUUAUUUUCUCUUUGGAAACAGUUUAUGACGUUAUUUACUUGCCACCAUUGUGGAAGCAAAUGACGUCAUUAAAAAUUCAAAAUGGCUGCGCGCAUUUUGAAAGUGAAGAAAUCGACUGAUUUUUAUGCGAUUUUUUGUACAUUCACUUGACUUCCUUUUAAUAAUUAAUAAUUAAUAAUUUGAAAGAGAAAAUGAGAACAUAAAAUUGGAAUAAGUUUCGAUCAAUUUAACAUCAAUAAGUUGUAAUAGCAGAUGUACAUUUCAUUUAAGGCGUAAAAAACAAGAGUUUUGAGGGAAGAAAGCGCUUGUUUUUAUUAUUUUCUUAAACUUAACAGGUUGACAGGUGAGAUCGAAUGCAACGAAGAAAUGAUUAAGUAUCAAGAGGAGAGACUAGGUCAAUUCAUGGAGGAAAUCCAAUGUCUCGAGGAACGAAUGAUGUCCUUUCCCCCCACCCCUGCGACGAUGAGCGUGGCGAGCAUGGCGGGGGCACCGCGGCGCGAACGCAGGAAAACCUCACUUCAAUUGGGCCUCGAGCCGCAAACUGCGAGACAGAUGAUGGCGAAAGUGAAACAGCAAUAUGAAUCUGAACUUCAGAGUCUGAAAGAUCACAUGGCUAAAGAAAACCAAAGACAUCAGGCGGAGAUAAGAAGAUAUGAACAUGAUCACAAGAAAGAUGUCCAAAACAUACACAAAGAAGCGCUGCUCCUUCUUCGUGCCCUGAACAGAUUUAAGGAUUGUGUGGCCACUCUUCUGGAUAGAGAACGUAAGUUUUCGUUAUAAAACUCGUUAACGUGACUUUUAAGUCACAAUAUUUAGUCUCAUGAGUUUAGUCUAAUAUUUUCGGAUUACGUUAACUCUUGAGGUUGGAUUUUCACUGUCGUAAAACUUUUAAGUGCGAAAAUAAAAAGAGGCACUGUUUUAAAGGUCCCGCGUUAACGUAAAAGUUGAACCUCGCUUGACUUAAAUUAAACGUUUACGCUUCAACAUUCAUACAGUACAUUGUCUCUAUUUUAUGUACGCAUGAUUUUUAAGCGUUCUCACCCGAAAAUUACACGACAACGGAAAUCAACUCUUACUGGGAAAUCUUUAGACAAGUUACAUAACUUCUUUGUCAUCAUUGUAGAUCUUGGUCAAGAAGCGCAUGCUAUUCGUUCUCACGCUCCCUUGCCGCUGGACGAGAAUUUCGGUGAUACUCGACAAAUGCUGGCGCGCAUGGCUAUUUUAUCCAAUGAGAUGCUGAUUUCAGUGGAGUUACAUCUUUCCCGCGCCCUCAUGAGCAAGCGUUUGGAGUUAAAGGUAAAGUCAAUAUUCUUUGGAGUGGUUCUAAACCAACUCAAAAAUUUGUUUGACCAAUCACAGGCACAUAUUCAGUCAAUCCAGUGAACCAAUCACAAAGAAGAUGGGUAACACAAGUGCGAGAAAAUUAAAAAAAAAGUAUGGUAUUGCUUCUGAUUAGUUGAAAGAUGGCGUGAGAUGUUUAAACCAAGCUUUAUCGAUGAAGUUUCUCAUUCAUGAUCAGAAAGUAAGCCAAUAAUGUCGAACCCACAACAGCAAACAUCUGUGAUUUGGGCAAUUAUCUGAUUACGGCGCUUCUGAAAUGUCGCCGAAAACACACAGAAGACUUUGAGACGCCCAGAACACCUCUACCCCGACUUACGUAAACCCUAUACUGGCACCUGGACUAGGCACCAAUUUAAUACAGGUAUAAGGCUCAUUCACAUCUCUGCCUGCCUUUUAUGUGUAUUGGUCCCGGAUCCUUUAUUAUUGUUUCUUUUAACCAAUGACACUCUGGUUACAAACGGCGUUGAUGUCCCUUUACAGGCAAAUGAACUGAGGCCGGUUGUGUCCUUCAGAGUUAAACGGUAUUAUACUUUUGUAGGACACAAAUCUUGGAAAAAUGGAAUACCAACCUGAUCCUGCGCUGGGCAGAAAAAUGAAGGAUUAUGGGUUAAUGCAGACCGGAAAAAUGAAAGGGACGCGUGAAGAGUUCCAAGGACAGCAACUAGAAUUUCUGGUUUGGAGACUGUUAGAGGUAAUAAAAGAAUAAAUUUAAGAAAUAAGAAAGAUUACAGCUACAGAUUGUGUUUUAUAGGUUAAUAAUUAUGAAAGGGUAGCCUGCAUAGCAAGGGUAUCUGCGCGAACUCGUAGCAAAAGUUGUAACAAAAGCGACCUUUUUCAAGAACAAACUCGCGCGGUAGCGCUUGCAACGCAGGCUAACCACAGGAAUACCAGCAUAAAAGAUAGUGCUGCCGGGCAACUUGCUUUUGAUUCCGUUCCAGCACAUUAUGAUAUGCAAUCUCUUUCAGCAGGGUACAGAUGUAAAGAGUAAUAUUAUGAGAGAAAUUUGCCCAGUAGCUUUUAGUGGAAUUAUAGCCUGCAAGGCAAGGCAUUGAAACAGAAGAAAAGGGAAAAAUGAGGCACGCAAAAAAAAAAAAAACGAAAAGAACGUGCAACAGAAGAUUUUUCCCAUUCCUCGAUCUCGUAGACAAACCCAGCAGUUGGAAUCACUCUGUCGAACUUAGUUGUAGAUGAAAAGUAACGUUAUUUUAGGAUUUUAAUCGCAGACUUAAACUUAGAACUUCAUACGAUGUUAGGUUUGACUCAAAACUUUCCUUUGUUUUUUUCCUCUGAUUAUGACAUCCUAGGAAGGCAGACGACAGGAUGUUAUGGAGAGAUUUAGAGAGCUUCUAUCGCAGAUAGCCACACACGAAAAACAACUCGAAUCUGCCAAGAAAGCGGGGGAAGAAUCUGUUAAGAAAAAAGAUGCACAGAUGAAAAGAGUCCUAAGGAGGGAGGCCGAGGUCAAGAGAACGGUCGGCGAGCAGAAAACUAUAAUAAGGAAUUUGGCUUCAAUCUGGAAAAGUCGCAGAAUUGGACAGAAAUAUAUCCGCCGAAAGGAUCAGCAAAGGAAUCUACAGCUACUGGAGGAAGCAAUGAAGGCAAACGAAAUAUCUCAAGAACUUUAUGAGGUACUAAGGUUUUUUAAAUUAAAAUGCCUUGCUGAAAGACCAGCUUAGAAGGAUUCAUGUUUUACUAAUGAACACUAACCCUCAACUCAAAUCGUUAUUCAAUAUCGAUUAUGCUUGUACUGGUAACGUAUGCCGCGUGCAUUAUAACUUUUUUAUCUGCGUAACGUAGAGCAGCAGUGCAUUAUAACAACAGGACCAAUCAUAAUGUGCAUAUUUUUCAAGUAUUCUAAAUAGCGGGAUAAGGUUCAUAUACCAGUUUUUGUAUCCCGUUGUGGGGUGUUAGCAACAGGGAGCUUAAGCAAGAACGUCGGCGACGGCUACGACGGAAAACGUCAAUUAAAAAGUGAAGUCGCGCUGCUUCAACCUUAGAGCGGUUUUCAUUUGAGUGUCGAAAAGUAAUUGGUUUUGCACUUUCUACACGAUGCGAUUGGCUUAAAAGAUUCGCGCCACCUUUUCAUCCAAUCAGAAGUAAAACCAAAGCCAAUUGUGACGCGCUCGCAUGCAUUUUCCCGCGCUUUGCGUCAGCCACAUGUAAUUACUUCGAGUUUUGAUUGGUUCAAUGUAUUGUCUGUGUCCUAUGUGAUUGGCCAGAGUAAUUACUUUGGUUUUGGUUUUACGACACUCAAACGAAAGCCACUCUAAUCGCACUCAUUCCAUCUUAUUUAAUUCGUCAAAUCAGUGUUGGCAAUUCGUUCUGGAGUUGAAUUCUAAAAGACUUUAUCGUCUUCCACAAAACGUGAAAAUAGGCAUUUUCACGUCGUAUUCGUGCAGUGACGGCAAGGAAAUGUACAAGAACCGUGAUGCACGUUCAAAGUUGGUGUUUUGCUAAUCUAAACCUAUUGCUUUCUGCCGUUUAAGCUCUCUAUUGACAAAUGAAAAUAUAACCUUGUAUUCAUGCAAUGUCCAUAUUGUUAGCAAUUCAAUGCUUUUGGAAAUAUACCGGACUCCUAACUUCUGAUGAACCCUUAUUAUAUCAUUCCCUGGGGCCUAGCCUGUGAUACCCUGGGUUCCAGAAGAUAUUUUUUCUUAUGGAUACUGAUGGUAUCAAACCGUAAGCAAGGUUAAUUUUCAUGGGCACCCAAAGACUGUUUUCUGUAGAAUGUCUGUUCAGAGAAGCAAAUAUUGCUGAAAAUUUUCUAUUACUUGAGGAUGGCUAAAAAUUUCUACAUGAGCGUUCCAUUCACUUGCAAUUUUCGAGGCUUAUGUAAUAAAUUCCCUACGAUUUUCUGAAGUUUAAAUUACGCAUUUUACUUCCCAAGUUAGGCUACUUUACGUAGAAAAAAGGAAUCCUGAAAUUUUCGGAUUCAAACAUGUGAUGGAAAGAAGAAUCAGAAAAUGACUCACUUUCGUAAUACGUCAUAUUGCAUCUAAAAUUUUCGGGAAAAUAAUACUCAAGCUCUAGUAAUUUCAGGACAGGACUCAAGUUCCCCUAGGAUGACCGAACAGAAACAAAUUUUAUAGGCCCGCCUUUAAUGCAUUUCUAGACAUCUAAAAGUACUCUGGAUAGCCUAAAAAGUGUUUUCAUUGUAUUUAGGUGGAAACCGUCGUUGGGUGCCCCUGGAUUUCAUAUUAGGCAUAUUGAGAACAGACCUUUGGAGCCAGGGUAAGUCUGUGAGCACGCUCUCCAUUUACGGCAAGCGACACGAGCUACGAGAGAACGUAUGCUGCUGUCACAAAACUUCUCGCGACUUCCCCAAAUGAAGAGCUUGCUUGCAGGCUACUGGAGCCUCAACAUAGCUUCAAAGAAAACACCCUCAAAGUCUGUUACAUGAUUUGUUUUCGUUGUCACUUCAGUCCACGACGAAACUUAUAAAAGAAGCCAUGGACUUUCCUCGCAAGCGUUUCAUUGAAAUGGUAAAAAAGUACGUGCAUUUCCGUCGCGUUAAGGAAAUUCAAGAAAAUGUGCAGAGAAUGAAGAUGGAGACGAAUGUGAACGAGAGAGUGCUUCUGUCCAUGAAAGAAAUGGAGGAACGGAUGAUGAAGGUGGGCUAUUUCCGCAUUAUUUCGCCUAAUGAAAGAGAAUCCGGAUUCAGGAUUCCAGAAUCUGGGAAAUUUUUGCUGCUUGUGGAAUCCAGAAUCCGAGAAAAUUUUGCUUGUGGAAUCUAGAAUCCUGGGCUUUGGAAUCCGGAAAACAGCUCAAUGAAUCCGGAAUCCCACUAACGACUGGAAUCCAGAAACGGCAAGUCCAAAUGACAAAGACUGGAAUCCAGUGCCUGGAUGCCUUUUUAUUAAAUAAUCUAUCACGGCUAUUGAAAAUUUAAGGUUUGAAAUAUAUUUCCGUUUCCGUCGAAUUCAACUUAUACAGAAUUCUUUUACUUCUUACGGAGGUUAUUUGCUGAACACCAAACUUUAAGUUCCUAGUGUUGGAUUUUCAGUAGCUGGCCAUGGUCUAGAUCGCGCAAAAUUAGGCGUUUAUCAAUUUCAAAGUUCUUUGUUUAUUGUUGUGAUAGUAAUAUCGAUUUUACUAAAACCUAUAUAUGGACAAAUUACAAUCUAUAGUCAGUCAUUGGUGAAAAUUUUAUAGCGAUCAGACAAGGAUGAAAUCACUUUUAAAACGAUUGAAAAAUAUCUGUAUGGCCUCUGAAAAACUAUCGAAACAUCGAAACACCUUAACGAACAUUUUUCUACUGGCAAUGUAUAGGAGUUUAUUUCUUUGUUUUAAAUUUCCUUUCCACAUGCCUCUGCAUUUUUCACAGCAAAAAGAAGCCUGGGGGCUGAAGAAGGAGCAGUUCAUAAAGACUCGAGCAGAGAUUUUGGAACAACUUUACCGAGUGUAA